GUGACUGGACCUCCUCCUCCUCCUCCUCCUCCAACUCCUCCUCCUCCCCCUCCGCCAGGAAGUGGGAGAAACUCAUUACAGGGCGGUUGAAAAGAAAGUCGUCGGUCGCCGGUAUAAAUACGAAGAACUCCCACGCACAUACAUGCAGUCGUCAGCAAUGGCUCUCAAGUUCGUCGUCCUCGUGUGUCUGGCUGUUCUGGCAAUGGCCGACGAGGCCCCUAUCUAUGAACACCUCCCUCCCCCACCCCCACCACCCCCACCCCCGUCCUAUGGACCUAAGGAACCAGAUUACCCUGACGUGCCCCCGAACUACACGUACAAAUACGGCGUCGCCGACGGCUACUCCGGCAACAACUACGAGCACUCGGAGGCCCGUGACGGCUACAAGACGGAGGGCAGCUACGUCGUCGACCUCCCCGACGGUCGCAAACAGAUCGUCCGGUACGUCGACAACGGAGACGGUCUCGUGGCCCAAGUGAGCUACGAGGGAGAGGCCCAGUACCCUCCGGCUCCUAGCUACCCAGCUCCUCCCCCUCCCCCACCUCCGGUUUAUUCCUAAGGGCGCCAAGGAUCUCUAGGACUCCAUUCCAGACCUAUAGAUUCAGAAAGUGGAAGUAGUUUUCCCGAAUCAAAAUGGCGGAAUUUGUGGCUUUUCACGGACUGAAGGUUGUACUCUGACUUGUGUGAGAGUAAUCGAUUGUAUUGCAUGAUUAUCUUGUUUAAAUGUUCGAGUUAAAACAUACGUGCAUACGCACAUGCACACGCGCACGCGCGCACACACAUAUACAUAUAUGAAACAUAUCAUAAAUAUGGUUACUUCUGUGUUGUAUUGUUGUUUUUUGUUGUUUUUUUCUACAUUUUCGCUGAUUUUUUUUUUUUAUUAUAUACCAUAUUUCUGUCCCAUUUCCCAUCAUAGUUAUUGUGCCAUACGAAUACUCCUAGUAAAGAUGCAUAACUAAA